AUGGCCUUGUACUAUGGCAAGGACAAGAAGCAUCCUACAUCCAAGCCGAAUGUCCUUCUCCUCAGAGUAAAACUGAAUCAGUCCAAGCUCCUGAAUAUUCCUCCAAAGUCCCGUGCUUUCAUGGAUUGGAUAAUGAAGUUGAGAGGAUUUCUGCAAGACAAAAAGGUCCAUAUAGAAAUGACGGAAUUUCUCCUCAAACUCAUCCAGGAAGACCUAAUCUCACUGGGGGAGAAGUCGGACAAUGACAAAAAGAGUAGCUAUGGAGGAAGGGUUGACCAUGUCUUCUCCAUCCUCUUCACCAAAAAUCCAGAUGAUACGAAGUUGAGGUUGGAAAAAAUUCUCGCAGAUAUGAAAAGGAGUGAUAUUAUCAAGAGGAUGGAUGAAAGCGCU